ACUACGUUUUGCUCUUCUGCCCAACUAAGAGUGGAAAGACUUUUAACCAACCUCAACAGGCUGAAAUGAAGAAAUGAGUUACUGAGGCUUCAAUAAGUGGUCAAGCAACCAUGCUAAAUUCCAGUCUCUGCCCAUUUCACCAAUCUAUGGUGGUCACAUACCAUAAUGUCUUGGGUUGCAAUACAGGAUGUGUCCAGAAAUGUGUUUUCUAUCACCAUCUGUUGAAGCUGGUUGGUGCAGUGACCCUUAUCUCCAUGGCACAUAUUAUCUGCUAAUGGGCCAUCUUUAAAACCAGAUGGGGCAGUCAUCUUUAUCUUUUCCACAACCCAUCCUCCCUCCAGGAAGAUAUCGUCUGCUGCUGGCCCAUUCAGUUCCACUGUAUGACUGACAAAAUUACAUCAUCCCACUGGGAGAUGCUCCAGCCAGGGGGAGGAGCCAAGACUUUCCUACCUAGAUAAAAAGUGAGAUUUUGAACACCAAGGCAACCUCUUUCCACUGGAUUCCAGAGGAAAACUGGACCUUUCCACAUCAACACUAUCACUUCAGAGGAAAACUGCACCUUCUACAGGACCACUGCUUCAACUGAACCACAUCUGCCACUGCAGGACUGUAGCUACCAUUUAAUUGGACUGCUACCAACAUCCUGACUGACAGGGUUCAGGUUGUAUUCUGACUCUGUCAGUGUUUUGGGUUUGUUCAUUCCCCGUGCAAAGCAAUGAGGAUCUGUGCUUCUGACCGUCACCUGUCAAGAAGGAAUUCAGAGAGGAAAGCCAAGAAAUCAGGGGUGAGGUAAUGGAUGGGAGACACUAUUUGGCUCAUUUGUUUCAUCUGCCGAAGACAAACAACUGAAAAACUGGCAGCAGAAGAGAGUGCAGCUAUUGAAGUAUCUUCGUAUUAAAGAUGCAUAAUUAGAUGAAGUGCAAGAGGAACCCAAGAACAUGGUUAAAAAUUAAUGGCAUGGUUUGGAGCAGCAGUGUACUGUGCUGCCGCCGGUAAACUGCCAUGAACCGCUCCCUCCCGCUCUCCGUAAGAGCAGUUACCAGAAAGAGGCGGCACCGGCGUAUUUCAAGAAAGUAAAUAAACGAGGAAGAAAGAUGCCAAGAAAGAAAUGUGACACCCAAGAAAAGAUCAACUUUGAGGUCCGCAUGCGAGAAGGCAUCUGCAAACUGCUCGCAGUGAGCACACAGAAGGAGCAGCUUCUGCACGCAGUGAAGAACCUGAUGGUUUGCAAUGCUCGCAUCCGGGCCUACAAGGCAGAGCUGCAGGGCCAAAAGGAGCCCAGCCCGGGCAGGACUGAAGAGCAGUCUUCAGAAAAUGGGACAAAAGACCGGACGGCAUGCAGAGCAAAGGUUGCUAUAUCAGAUAUUCGAAUACCAUUAAUGUGGAAAGGCUCUGACCACUUCAGCAAAAAAGAAAAAUCACAGCGCUAUGCAGUGUUUUGUUUGUUCAGAAUCGGAGCUGAGGUUUUUGAUACAGAGGUGACUAUUGUGGAUGAAGCAAUAACAGAUAUCUGUUUUGAAAAUGUAAUCAUAUUUGAUGAAGCAAGCCCAGAUUUCCAGGUGAAGGUUGAAUUGUAUAGCUGCUGUACAGAGGAGUCUUUAUAUAUAACAAACACUCCUAAGAAGCUGGCAAAGAAACUUAAAACAUCCCUCAGCAAAGCUACAGGGAAGAAACUCAAAGUUGCACUGGAGGAAGACAGCACUGAAACAUUUUUGCCUGCUGACCCAGUCAUCCAUGGAGCAAAGUACAGUUUGCUAGCAUAUACCACUUUGGGGCUGGAAAGUGCUGAGGACAAUUUCAGGACCCACAACCUUACCAUUGCAGGAAAUGAGGAAUCCUCUUUUUGGGUACCUCUAUAUGGAAACAUGUGUUGCCGUUUAGUUGUCCAGCCCUCCUGCAUGGCCAGGGAUAUGAUGGCAGGGUUUCUUAAUCAGCAGCAAAUGGUAGGAGGUCUGACGAGCUGGAGGAGGCUGUAUUGCGUACUGAGAGGUGGCAAACUCCUUUGUUAUUACUCACCAGAAGAAAUUGAGGCUAAAGUGGAGCCAGCAUUGACAGUUUCCAUCAACAAGGAAACCAGGAUUCGAGCUAUGGAUAAGGACUCCAAGAGAAGCGCUAAUAACUUCUCUGUUAUCAACCCCGUGUCUGGAGCGGGUCUGAUACAACAUUUUGCUACUGACAGUAGGGAUGAACUUCAUAAGUGGAUGGAGGCUUUCUGGCAGCACUUUUACGAUCUGAGCCAGUGGAAGCAUUGUUGUGAGGAACUUAUGAAAAUUGAGAUUAUGUCACCACGGAAACCACCUUUGUUCUUGACAAAGGAAGCGACCUCCGUCUACCAUGAUAUGAGCAUUGAUUCUCCAGUGAAACUUGAGGGCUUAUCUGAAAUAAUACAAAGGAAAAUUGAAGAGAGUGAUGGUGAGUUCCUUCUUGGCCAACAAAAAGAGUCUGCAUCUGCCCUAUGGGCGUCACUCUUUGAUGGAUCUCAUGAGAUGACUGUUCAGAAAAAUGUACAUCUGAACCCAAGAAGAGAUACUACAAGUCCUAAUGACAGCAGAGGAAAGAAAAGAAGAGCUCCGCCUCCACCCUCUGAUCAGUCACCAUACAGUGCAAAAACACAGGUAAACACAGAGCAACUGGGCAAGGAAAACUGGAGUAAGCCUGACCACACAUCUGCCAGUAGCUCUUCCUCUGAGUCAGUGUUAGUUACAAAAAUGCUGCAGCUGCAAACCCCCAUUGCUCCUUCUCGCAAAAUUGGUCCUUGUGGAAAAAGUGGUUUAGCUGGCCUGGAUAAUCCCAUUUCUCUGAUGAGCAAGACCAAGUCUGAAACCAAACCAGUACCAACCCCUAGACAGAAAGGCAUUACAGAAAUACUAGACCCCAGGUCCUGGUUGCAUCCAUAGGCAUGAUAUACCAUAGAAGAAGUCUUUGGAAUUUAAAGUUUCUCAGCCUUCUCUGAAUACUCUUCCUUAAAAGUAGAUUUUAGCAGAUAGCUCAAGUGUUUUCAGUAAGCCAGGGCAUUACUGCUAGCUGCAGUCUCAGCUGUAUUCAUUAGUGCUUGAAUCUAAAUAAUUGCACUAGAAUUGAGGGGUUUGUCUCUGUCUGGAGUAAAGGUGCUAUUUCUGAAAACAGUACUUUCCUCUUGAAAAAACCACAGUGGUCAGGGUAAACUCAAUUGUCCCCACAGCAGGGAUGUUACCAGUGCCUCCUACCAGUCCCUCAGCUUAGCCCAUUCACAGCUCCUCAAACUACUUAAGUGGGAAUUCACACAUAUUCAGCACAGAUCUUGCAAAGCUGAUUUUCUGGGGCUCCAUGCUUGCUGCAUCUUCUCUCUCCCUCACUUUUUAGGAAACACUGAUAUGGUAAUCAUGUGUGAAAAGCUUUUGUCCUGUUCUGAAUGGCUCUGUAAGUCCAUAUGGAUUUCUGAGGCAGUUCUAUUAAUUUAGCAUGGGAUUUCCCAAGUUCCUACUGGUUCAUAUGCUAUUGGAGUGGACUAGGGUUAUCUGUCUUUGAGCAAUGAUAUGAUCCAUCACUGCUGUUUAUUUUGUGCUGAGACAAGUGUUUAAAAGCAGUUGCUGGAUAUGUGCACGUGCUCAUCUUAUGGUUGUUUUUCCUGACAAAUGUGGCUCUGUAACACAGCUCCUUCUUUGUGGAGCCUCUCAGCCGUUCCUGGUAGGGAGCUGAUUUGUAAACAGGCAGUGAUACUGGUAAGCAAACUGUUUUUUCACCACUUAUUCUUUCUGCAAUAGCAGAGAAUAAGCACUUCAGGUGAAGAUACUGAACUUUGAUAUUCUUUCAUCAGAUUGUUCACCAGUUCUGUAAGAAGUAUGGGUUGUUAGGGUUCUGUGGCACCUACAAAACAUCUACUGCAUAAGGAAAAGCUGUGCUCUUUUGGAUCCACAACUUAAAUACCCAACCAUUUCCUUGGUUGAUGCAUUUGUCUCAGAUGCUGAAACUUGUCUGCUUGCAGUUUUCCCCCUGGAGUCUUGGUGCUCAGACCAGUGUUGAGAGCGUCAUAUCAGUAACAGUAUACAUACAGUUAAUUUUUUUUUUUUCCAAAGUGUGGUUGACUCUGGGAGAUUUAGCAUUUCUCCAGAAGAUACUAUGAACAUGGUUGGUUGGUUGGUUUAUUUUAUCUAGCUUUUUGUCUUCAGCUAAGCUCUUGGCUGCAUAGUUGUAAAGGUAUCCACUGAGUUCCCUCAGUAGUUCAUUUGGGAUGCGGUUGAGAGGCAGGUUUCAUUUACAAAUCCUUUUGCAGGAUUACAGCUCUUUGUUCUAGAAUGUCCUUGUUCAUUCUUUGUUUAAUCACAUUCCAUUUUCCCUCUGAAACAACCAUAAUCAUUCUUACAAUAAAUCAUGCUGUUACUUAAGUGGGUGGUUUGUGAAUGGCUUAUAAAUAGGAACAGAAAAACUGAAGAAAAACUACAUGAUUAUGUAAAUCAGACAGUCGACUAAGUGGACGGUACAAUUCUGAACAAGAAAUGGGAAAAUUGGGGGGAGGGGGAAGCAUAUUUUCCAAAAUGCAGCUGCAAUUUAUUUAGCUUUAAAUCUAGCCUUAAAUGUUUCUAUGCUCAGAAAGGAAAAAAACACCUUUUCUUGGCAACCCCCCUUUCAUUCUGUAGUUAUAUUUUUAAAAAAAUCAUAAAUGUAUAAGGUAAGAAUGCACCAUAAUGAGGUUUUAUUUUUAAAUUCAACAGGCCAUUGAAUUUCAACAUGCAGUUUCUCUAUUAAAUUCAGUGGCUUUGUUUUGAGCUGAACAUACGUAUUUCAGUAAGGCAUUUAAUAUUAAUUUGAAGUCUUCAAGUGAUGAGAAUUCACUCACACCUCCUGUUGCAGUACUUAAUUACCCCAGGUACAUUUUUCACUUGAUUUUCUAUUUGCAUUUCUAGCUCCACCUUAAGUUAUUUUGGUCUUUUUAUGCAUAUGAUUGCUUAUAUUGAUCUCUGUAGUAUCAGCUUUUCUAAUUGCCUGUGCGUAGUUAUGAAUCAUGAUUAUGUCCCUUUUAACCUUUUCUCUGAUGAGAUGUACUGAAUUCCUCAACUCUCCUAUGGCAGUGAAUUAAUCUUCAAAUUCUUGUCUGUAUUUCACAUGUAUAGAAAUUUUUGUAAGGGUGACGUCUGAAUUAGAUGCCACAUGUCAAUAGUGAUCCAUCAGGAAUGUAUAGAGCCAUAAUGUGAUAUUCUACUCUGAUGAAUACCUCCCUCUCUGUCUUUCCUCAAAAAUUGCAUUAUCUUUUUUUUUGUGGAAGCAUUUACUUGGAUGCUGACUUUUAUGGCCAAGUCCUCUUCAGAGUCUUUCUCAAGAAUGUGGUACAUUAUCCUCUUGUUAUUUUACCUUAUAUUUUCUUUGAAAUACAGAUUGUAUUUUACCAGCAUUAAAAUACUGCUCAUGAAGUGAUCCAGAUUGGUCUGUGUAAGUGACCUGUCCUUAUUCUUUACUACUCCAGCAGUCUGCAUGUCCUUUGCAAAUUUAUUGCAAGUGAUUUUUACAGUUUAUUCUAGGUCAUUGAUUUUUAAAAUUGAAUGCAAGGCAAGGUUUGUAGAGAGAGGUGAUAAGUUUUUAUUACAUCAGUGACAUGGGUAGGGGGUGAGGAAAAGCAAACAGAGAGGCCAUUGAAUUUCUUUUAUCCCUGAGCCUUUAAAACUUUGAGUAACAUGGCAAACAGCCAUCUUGCUGAAUCCCUAUUAAUACUGUAUCUUGAAAUUAUUAUAUUUUAAAGAAAAUUACAUGUUCAUUACAUGUUCAUCUUGUUUUUAGAAAGUUACUUAGGAUUCUUGUUGGUAACACCUCAGUGCAGGUGUCUGCAAGCCGAGCUUAAUAUAUCAAAGAGUAAAAUGCAACCUGUUGUUAAAGACCUAUUCUCCAUGAAGCUGUAUUGAUAUUUUAUAUCUAUCCUUAAAUUAGAUCAUGAUAUUGCAGUGGCCACCGCUAAGCAAGCAAGGCCAUUAAUUAUUCUAUUAAUCUACUUCAGAACUAUAUAAUCCCUAUUAUGAAGAAAGAGUUGGCUUCAGGUUUUAGUAUUUAUUGUUUCUUCGUCUUUCCUUUUUUCCCCCGCUACUGCAUUGCCAUUAUUGCCUUUGCAUCUUCUGUGAAGCAAGUUACUUUAACAGGCUACCAGGACCUACAAAGCUCAACUACACAAUAAAGCCAAUGACCCUCAUGGAACUGCUGCUCCCAGGCAGUAGAGAAGAAUGUAAUGUUUCACCAUCUUAGUGGCUGCAUUCAGUCAUGAGGAUGCUUUAAUUGCAUGACUUGAAAUAUUUGUGAUCAAAACCUGAAAGUCAUUUGGCAGUCUCCUGCUGUGGGAUGAGGCUUGGAGGACAACAGAAAGCCUGUGGCUUCUCGCAGCCUUUGUCUCCCAUUCCACUGUGUUCACAUUUGUGUGGCAAGUUGGAAUGCCAUCACCUGGCAGGGAAGACUUCUGCCAGGAUGAAUGGCUAAAACGAUCCAUUGUAACACUGGGAGGACGUUGGUGGCACCUGCUGAACUACACAUGGGAUUAGAGACUUUUCUGAGGAACGUGUUAGGCCUACUUUGAAAACUGUACCUGCUUGUUCUCUGCUGGGAUUAAUUAAUGCUGCUUAAAACCAGAAUUAAGUGAUUGGAAGGAGUCUUGAAGAGGUGCAGAGACAGAAGUCAGCCUGAACUCUUAUUUUAGGAAGUACAACUUGAAAGUAAUUGCUAGUUCAAACUUGAAUAUAAAUUUCACAGGACACAAACUUCUGAAAUAUUGACUGAACAAAGACUGUAUUUAUUAACUUUUUCUAUUUACCUAAUAUCUUCAGCUGUUUACUUGGUCUCGGAAUGGUAUAUGGUACCUUCUGUGGUUUUAAAGGCAUUACCUUCAAAUGCUUAUGUUUUUACUAGUACUGUGAUAUUUUUUCCCAUGGUAAUAAUACUAAUAGUUAUUUUAUGGUGGCUUCUACAUAAUUGGAAAUACUGCUGUAGUAUUCAGAGUUGAUUUAUAAUUAAUGCAAACUGCCUGAAUAGAAAAAUGGAGGUUUGGACAUUAAUGCAUUGUGAAGUGUUAGAACAGAAAUUUUAUUUUGCUGCUGGCUUGUUGCAUUUCUGUUAAAAUAUGCAAGUGAAAUUAAAAAUGUUUCUAGAAUAAAA